CCCCUCCUGUGUGUAUGUGUGUUUCAGAGAGUCCUCCAGUAUCUACAUCUCUAAGUAUCUGAUGGACGAAGGAGCUAAGCUGCAUAUUUAUGACCCUAAAGUGCUGAAGGAGCCGAUAAUCCAGGACCUGUCUCAACCCAGCAUCUCCGGAGACAACCCCGAGAGAGUGUCUGAUCUUGUAACAGUGUCGUCGUGUGAAAGUGCACACGCCCUGGUCAUCUGCACAGAGUGGGACAUGUUUAAGGAAUUGAAUUACGAGAAAAUCUAUCACAAGAUGUUGAAACCAGCGUUUAUCUUUGAUGGUCGACGAGUUCUGGACCAUCUGCACCCUCAGCUCCAGAACCUUGGCUUUCAUAUCGAGACCAUUGGAAAGAAAGUGACGACCCGAAUCCCCUUCACACCAUCCGGAGGAGGUCCACGACUCAAUGAACCACCCGUCAAGAAAACCAAAGUUUAAGACACAGACUCACACACAUGUGCACUUUACACGGAUGAAAGUCUUUUGCCGACAAAACCAAAGUAAUGCGUGACCUUUGCUGGAAAACAAUGCAUGUGCUGU